GGCACACCACGUUAGCGGCUCAACCUCGAUAUCGCCGUAGCGCUUUCAAAUUUCAAUCCAAAAAAUACCCCACAACGGUCAGAUCCACUGUUUCGGCCCUCGAUCCUCACCAUCCGAUCACCGCAUCGCCCCUACACAUAAAAUAGAGUAGAGAGAAACGGUGGGAGACACUUCUGACAACAUCUUCUUCCAUGAGAGGAGCGAGUGUUUUGAUUUUGAAAUAUUGUUUGGAAUUUUGAACUCUAGUCGUUGUUCUCUUCUUCGGCGUUUUUUGUCAGUUUCCCUUAAAAGCCCAAAUUCUUUAACAAACGCAGCUGUUUUCAAAUUGCGUUACUGCAUUGCGCUUUACUGGCUUCCUUCUCCUCCUCUAUUUCAAAAUUAAUUUAACUUCAGAUUCUCUCUCUCCUCCUUCCUACUAAAACUUGUGUAGUCGACCGUUUCAGCUUCUACUUACUAGAGCUUACGUCUCUGAUGCUUUCUGCAUACAACAAAGAAAUUAAAGUAGGGAAACUGUGUAUUGGUGGCUGAAAAAGGUGUUGAGUGCCUUGAAUGGUUGGCAAAAGACAAAAGCAAGUUGAGUGCUUGGUAAUAGCUUGAGUAGCAAUCAUGGUUGAUGGUGGUGGUGAGAGCUCUGCUGCUGAUGGUUUGUCGACUGAAGAAUGGCUCUCUUGCGCUCAGGGACUAGUCCCGAGGGCGUUGGGGAAGGCAAGGGAGGUGAAGGGGUUCCCAGGUAGGUGGAAGAUGAUCAUCUCGAAACUUGAGCAGGUGCCGUCACGGCUAUCUGAUUUAUCCAGCCAUCCUUGCUUCUCGAGGAAUGCUCUAUGCAAGGAGCAGCUGCAGGCUGUGUCUAAGACGUUGAAUGAUGUAAUUCAGUUCGCAGAUUUGUGUGUGAAGGAGAAAUAUGAGGGUAAGCUUCAGAUGCAGAGUGAUCUGGAUGCGCUUGCUGGGAAACUGGACUUGAAUCUGCGCGAUUGUGGGCUGUUGAUCAAGACAGGGGUGCUAGGUGAGGUGUCGUUCUCGUCUGCUGCAACAAGUAGUUGUGCUGAGCCGGAGGCUGCAGUUCAUGGAAACUUGAAGGAGCUGCUUGCCCGCCUCCAGAUUGGCCAUUUGGAGGCGAAGCACAAAGCGCUUGACAGCCUCGUGGAGGAGAUGAAGGAGGAUGAGAAGAAUGUGUUGGCUGUGAUCGGAAGGAGCAAUAUUGGAGCAUUGGUUCAUUUGCUGACCGCCACUUCGCCUCGGAUAAGGGAGAAGACGGUCACUGUUAUCUGCUCGCUUGCGGAGUCAGGCAGCUGCGAGAACUGGCUCGUCUCAGAAGGUGUCCUCCCACCUCUGAUAAGGCUCGUGGAGUCCGGGAGCAGUGUGGGGAAGGAGAAGGCGACCAUCGCCCUGCAGAGGCUGUCAAUGUCGUCUGAGACGGCUCGUUCAAUUGUUGGGCAUGGCGGGGUUAGGCCAUUGACUGACAUAUGUCACAGUGGUGAUUCUGUUUCACAAUCUGCUGCAGCCUGCACGCUUAAGAACAUAUCCGCUGUGCCUGAGGCGAGGCAAGCACUCGCAGAGGAAGGGAUUGUGAAGGUGAUGAUCAAUCUUCUUGAUUGUGGGAUCCUUUUAGGAUCAAAGGAGUAUGCAGCUGAGUGCCUGCAGAAUCUCACCUCGAGCAACGAUGAUUUGAAAAGAUCGGUCAUCUCAGAAGGCGGGUUGCGUAGCCUGCUUGUCUAUCUAGACGGCCCGCUGCCUCAAGAAUCCGCAGUUGGUGCACUUAGAAACUUGGUUGGUUUAGUGUCACCGGAGGUGUUGAUCUCGUUAGGGCUUCUCCCCCGACUGCUCCACGUGCUCAAGUCCGGAUCCAUCGGGGCUCAGCAGGCGGCAGCAGCAGCAAUCUGUCGAAUCUGCACCUCAGCAGAGAUGAAAAGAUCGGUGGGUGAGGCCGGGUGCAUCCCGUUGCUCGUGAAAAUGAUGGAGUCCAAGGCCAACAGCGCGAGGGAGGUUGCAGCGCAGGCGGUUGCUAGCUUGAUGACUCUAUCCCACAAUUGCCGUCUGGUUAAGAGAGACGACAAGAGCGUGCCAAACAUGGUGGCAUUGCUCGAUCCCAGCCCUCACAAUACAGCCAAGAAAUACGCGAUCUCAUGCCUUACCCUACUCUCCUCGAGUAAAAAGUGCAAGAAACUGAUGAUCUCGUAUGGAGCUAUCGGAUACCUCAAGAAGCUUUCGGAGAUGGAUUUGGCAGGCGCGAAGAAGCUUCUAGAACGUCUAGAGCGAGGUAAACUCAAAACUCUGUUCAGCAGGAAGUAAAAGGAGGGUGGGUGAUCAUGGAUAUAGUACUAAAAUCAAAGAGUCCUCUCUCCCUCCCAAUGAUUCUUGUUGUUGUAAAAUGGAAGUAUAUUUUUGAAAAACUUGUCAUGUUGUAUGUUUCAUUCUCUAAAUGAAACAAAUUCAGCCAUCUUUUAAUAUAUUCAGUGAUUUGAAAUGAAAUGGUGCCACCAUCUCUGUACGCACAAUAAUACUCCUAUUUGGCUUAAUGAAACAUAUAUUACCAUCA